UCGAGCUCGAGGCAGAGCGGGAUAACCGCUAUGGGGAUAACAUCCGAUCGCCGCGGCGGACCGUCGGAAACUCGAGAUGAGUUCUUUGGAGAGUCUUCCAUUGCCUCAUUUCUAGACGAGAUCAAACAGUCUGCAAUAACGGACCCAGCGCCAGAAAAGGACAGCGCCGUAGACACGAGUUUCAACGUGUCCUCAUCUUCUCUGCCAGGCAUAGAGGAGUCCAAGUCUGCAAAACCCCAGAAGUUUCCUUCACCACCGCGGCAGCUUGCGGACUAUCUCCUCAAAUGCUACUUUGACAAAAUCCAUAGUCUAUACCCUUUUAUUCACAAGCCGUCAUUUCUUCGUGCAUAUAAUGCUCUAUGGACACCUGAGGGGAGAACCUAUACGGACGGAUCGUAUCCUCGGAUGGGACUGGGUGAUCCAGAUGUACUUCCCUCCACAUUCCAUUGCGCACUGAACAUCCUCCUUGCCCAAGGAUGUCACUUUUCAGAGCUACAUCCCUCAGCCCGUGAUGCUACCGCGGACGAGUUUGCUCGGCGAUCUGAACAGCUUCUCAAAAUCACCUCGCUGGACAAAGAAAACCUGGCUCUUGUACAGACACUGCUCGUAACAUCGCAUUACUUGCAAGGAGGUGACUCGUCUUCCAGAUGUUGGAACAUCAUCGGGCUUGCAUGCCGAAUAGCGCACUCAAGCAGCAUGAUGCUAGGGCGCCCCCCUAUGACCAAUGCAUCAGUCGUUCCUCUUCCAGAGGCCAUCAAUGACGAGAAUCUUGACUCUCUUCGCCAGUCUUCCCAGACCUCACUGAACACGGUAUCCCAUACAGAGAACUAUGUAAGGACUCUGCAAUUGUACAAAAUACUGAGGAGGACUUUAUAUGAGAUGUAUGACUUAUGGGAGGACAAGCUGGAGCAGCCAGGGCAGAGAAAGACCAAAAACAGUCAGGCCCAGAUUGCAAUGGAUCUGGAAGCGGAUCUUGAGGGCUUCAAAUCGCAGCUUCCCGUACAGCUGGCAUGGGAUCAUAGGCAAGGGCCUGCGCCGUUAGCAGAACGCCUAUCUCGCGAAAGCAACCUUCUCAGGGCCAGGUUUCUUCAUCUCAGAAUACUAAUACUGCGUCCCACUUUGGUUUCAUUUUGUCAUGAAAACCACCACGCACAGUACCCGACUUCUGCCCCUAACACGCAACCAGGCCGACCCACAGAACCGGAGAGCAAAAUCCUCAGUGAAUUGAGGCUUAGCUGCUCGACGUCUUGUGUCGAAGCUGCCAUUCAGUUGGUUCAACUCAUGAAUGACAUAUCGAGCACCGAGAUGGCCAGUGUGUGGUGGUAUAGUGUAUUCUAUACAUUUACUGCCGGCAUUGUUCUGGUGUUAGCUCGUACCAGCCCUAUCAUUGAGGCCAAGUUCUCCAAUCAGAUAUUGGAUGACUCCUGGCGAACUUGCUGCCACUGUUUAGAGAGCAUGAGCCGGUUUAGCAAAUCUGCAGAGAUUUGCGCCUUUAGCCUCCAGAAAAUACUAUCUGCAGUUUCAGUAAGAGACACCACGCCUAGUGGACCACGCCAUAUUCCUGAGCCGCCGUCUCAAAAUUUGGUCGAGACCGUUCCCCAAGCAACAAUUGGAAACUCAUAUAUGGCCAAUUGGCCGCGAUUUACAAGCAUGCCGCUCGGCGAUCCAAUGCCGAGCGUCGAAAACCACGGGACAGGCACAGAACAAGAUUUUAUUAAUGUGCCGGAUCAUGAUACAACUGGCUAUCUAUGCAACGGCCAGGGAUCGCAGGACUUUUCUGGGUCUUUGUGGGGAAUGAUGUGGGAUGAUUCAUGGCUGACUGCCCCUUUUCUCUUCUGA